AUGCAUUUAGUAGAAGUUAUAUGCAGGGAGGUUCCUGAUGUGUUCAGUGAAGGAGGCAAGAGUGAAAUGGGCCACAACAUGAUGGGAUUCUCGGAAAGCCAAGUUUCAAGGGAUCAUCAGUGCCAAUCCUUAACUCUUCAGGGAAAGCAAACAUUCCAGAAUCCUCAGAUCCUAACAGAGAGGCCGGCCUCUGGUUUCCCGGGUGGGCUUUUCACCAGCAGUGUCACCUGCUCUGAGCGUCUAGAAAGAAAUACAGGAAAAAGACAAAAAUUGCAGCUUGAGGGAAUGAAGCUAGGAAUGAAGAAAAGAUCCCUGACAGUAUGGUGA